AUGAAGGCGAAGCAACUGGUGGUGGUACUUGCCGUGUUCCUGGCGGCCGUCUGUCUCCUCCUCGGGGGAACACUCAGGCAUCCGCAGCAGGGCUUCCAAGGGUUGGACGCCCGUCGCUUGGCCACUCAGACUUUCUCUCACAGAUCUCUCGCCGUCUCUGGCGCUCGAACCCACAGUCAGAUUAAGCCUACUCCUCUGCCCAAUGUCUCUUUCGACCCGGGAGGCCGAGAUUCCCUCGUGUUCAUACACAUCCAGAAGACGGGCGGCUCUGACUUUCUCCGGCAUCUGGUGACCGUGGAGCGAGACCACCAUCCGCUCUGUCUCCCGGAGAGCGCCGCCAGCUCCACCCCAAUCAAGAGGAAGAAGGAGCGAUCCCUCUGUCCACGUCCUGGAACAGCUGAGUCAGCCACUAGACCUCGCGACUGGUGGCCGUGGUUGAUCUCGGAGAAGACACUUGGCUGGUACUGUGGCCUUCACCCGUUCUACUCUGAGUACAAGUCCUGUAUUGCCCUCGAGAAUAGUCUACCGGAGAGAAACCGAAAGUUUGAUCCCACAGCCAACUUUCACUACUCCACGAUGCUUCGUCACCCGGUCGUCCGCUACAUCAGCGAGUACCUGCACAUCCAGAGGGGAGCCACUUUCAGCUACCGUCACAUUUGCAACGGAAAGAAAGUGCGGAACAGUGAGAUGCCACCGUGCUACCCUGGGUACUAUGACCGUGAGACCUGGCAUAACGUGACUCUCUCUGCCUUUCUCUCCUGUGAGAGCAACUGGGCCAAUAACAGACAGACGUUCUCUGUGGCAGACCUGGAAACUGUCCACUGUUUCAACCAAAAGGCCCUCCCACGUGGUGAAAGAGAACAGAGACUCUUGGAGAGUGCUAAACAGAACUUGAUGAGGUUUUCGUUCUUUGGGAUCACAGAGUACCAGGCAGAGAGUGCUGCCCUGUUUGAGAAGACGUUCGGACUCAAGUUUGGCCAAGGGUUGGAGCAGAAGCCGGUGGGCUCACUCAACUCUGCUCCAAUGCUGAAUUCAGUGUGGAACACAGAAUCGGCAUACAGCAGGAUAGCUGCUGCCAAUCACCUCGACAUGCAGCUCUACAAUUUUGCCUUGGAGCUGUUUGCAGCUCGCCUGCUGGCCAUAGGCAUAGAGAUAGACCUCGAUAGCAUCACAAAGGAGGUACAGCUCUUGCCUUCCGACGGCGACGCAUUCAAACGAAAAAGGUUCCAGAAACAGUUACGAGGUUGA